UCUCUUCUUGAAGAAUACAUGGAGAAAACCUUUCAGGACUAUUACUCUCCCCAGUUCUUUUUGUUUUUUCCCUUCCUGGGUACCAAUGGUGUGGAAUUAUUGAUAGACAGCCAGGGUAUGAAGGGUGGAGCUGGGAGAGAGAACAGAAUUUCCUGCAAAAUUCAAUAACAGAAAGCUUGGGGCCCUGAAAUCCCUUGCCAGAUCUCCUCCUCUUCCUUUUACUCCUUCUGUCUUUUUUUUUUUUUUUGCUGAUUAAAACAAUGCCUUACAAUCAUCCUAGGAACAACCCCAGUGCAAUUCCAGAGGUGAUGUGGGAUUCUGGGCUAAAGGAAAUGAAUGAAACCUGGAAAGGUGUGAUUGCCUGCUUUGGGGUAGCAUUCUUCCUUCUGAUGACCUUUGGGAUUAUUUAUUGGCAAGUAGUGGAUCAGCCAACCACAAACUGGAUCCUGAGAAGUAGUACCAGUGGUCUGAUUUGGGAUCGAAAAGAUCACAGUCUCAUCCUUCAGACUCUGAAAGAAGAAAGAAUCUUGCUAAAGAUUCACAUGGGAAGCUUCCCAGAUAUGGAGAUGCCUUUCAUAAAGAACAUAUGUUGGCAGAAUCAGUCUGAAUUCUGUUACACCUGGGAAGGUAUAGUCAAACUGAAGGUCUUCCUGGACUCCAAUCCUUCUCCCAACAGUGAGUGUUACAACAUCAACUGGACUCCCCUUCACUGCCAGCUGAAAGUAAAGGAUUGCUUUUCCAUGGUAAACAUCUCCUGGUAUGGAGGAGCCAGUGUCAGUAGUCAGCAUUGGCCUCUGAAUAGUGUGAACAUCAAGUCCCAACCGUUCACUAUCAGUAACCUUAGUAAAAGCCCAAAUGCUUAUGGCUCUGUCUUAGAAAGAUAUUUUUUGGGAUCCACUGGAGUAACCGUGAUGAUGGUUUCAGAUACACCAAUCUCUCUCUCAGUGGAGAGAAAUAGACAUUUUUGCCUUGAAAAUAUUCCUGGCCCAGACUUGGCUUCCCUGCAGUACACUGUGUGUGUGAGUCAAAACAUCACAUCUGCUCAUCAGGAACUGGUGAGAAGUCGACUUCCCAGACAACAACGAAGAUUGCCAGAUACAGACAUACUUAGGUUGCCAGUCUGGAGAUAUUAUGGUAUAGCUGCUUCUGUUGCUCAAAUGGAGCGAGGACUGAGGUCUUUCUACAAUAAGCUUCAAACACAUAAUCUUGAAGAGGGCAUAAUUGCUCUCAGUGAAGAGUCUACAAUGCUACUUCAAAAUAUGGACCCCAUCUAUUUACCCCAGCUAAGAAGAAAAAGGCUGCAUUCACUGAGAUUUAUCAUGAACUACUUCUGUAUGAAACCACAAAAAAUUUUGAUCACUCUCUCCCCUUAUACAAGCAUCAACUCACCAAUUUUCCAAAGGUCCCUGCAAGAAGGGAAAGAAGAAUUUUGGUUGAGCCGCCAUUCUGAAUCCGGUGACUAUGCGGUGCCGCUCCUCACCAAAUGGAAAGGCCAGUUUUCAGCCUGUCUGAAUGUAACCAGCCAGGCUGCAGUGCUCUGGUACUUGGACCAGGUGAAGCUCCUGAAGCAACAACUGGGAGCAAAGUAUGUGAUUUUUGAAGGUAGUGAAGGCAACUUAUUUAUGGAACAAGCAAUCUCACCUCCUGCAGAACUCAGAGGGGAUAAGUACAUUCGUAUUUUGGCCUCAAUAGCAACAAUGUUGGGAAAUUCAUCAAUAAUUACUGGUGCUACAAGAUCCAGCCACCUGCCACUCUUUUUCCAAAUGAAUCCACGACAAUCUGACUGGAGUUACACUGGUUUGAAAGGGGUUAUCCCAUCUGUGCUUCAUUAUAGUCUUCUUGGUUAUAAUUUUUUCAUUCCAGAUGCAAUAGGUGGAACAUUUUCAGCAGAAUUUCUAACUGAUGAAGAGCUAUAUAUUAGAUGGCUCCAAAUCAUCACCUUCCUUCCAGUCAUGUCUUUCAGGACUCCACCAUGGAUCUGUUGUAGUGAUUGGGUGUUGAACCUCACCAGGUACUAUAUUCAGAGACACCAGAAUUUUGUGGUUCCACUCAUUGAAAAAUACAGCAAGGAAUGGUUAUCUAGGAGGGAUCCAAUUUUUCGACCCACCUGGUGGCUCAGCCCCACUGAGCCAGCUGCCUUUACCAUUGAUGACCAAUUUCUCAUAGGCGAGGAGGUUCUGGUUGCCCCAGUAACAGAACAAGGGCAAUUCCAGAGGGAUAUCUACCUACCUAGAGAAGGUCAGAAAUGGAUGGAUACCAACACUGCCCAGAUGUUUGAUGGGGGAACCUUCCUUAGGAAUUAUUCAGUGCCUCUUGUGGACGUGGCUGUUUUUAUUAAGAUUUCCUAGACUCUGGAAUUUCUCAGAUUUCGGGACAUUUAUCCAUGCUGCACAGAAGAACUGCUGACAGGACUUAUGUGGCUAACUGUAAGUUUCUUGAAGCUACCAACCAGAGAUGCAAUUUUCCAAAAAGUAUCUAUAUUAAAAUACUUCUUAAAGGAAAUGGUUUCAUUCCUAUCAUUUAAGCUUUAAAAAAUAAUAGAGAAACCUCUGUCUAUGUUACUAUCACUUUGUAUUUUGAAACCCCAGGUGCUGGUUUUCAUUGUCUAAGAGACAUUUGAAGCAUCCUGUUAAUUGGGGGAAAUUAUGCAUGAUCAUUGUUAUGCCAAACCACAUUACUUCCCACUAUCCCUAACGGUCAGGAAAUGAAUUUGAUCUUUAUUUUUAAAAAAAUAGGGUAGUAAAAUAAGAGGAACCUAAACUUUUCUGUGGUACUGGACUGCUAUAAAUUGGCUAGGAGUCAACCUUUCUGAAAUGUUUAUAGUUUGUUAGACUGUGUAUAAGCAGGCAAAUAAUUUUUCAUUUUAACAAUCCACC